CUUUAUCAACAUCCGAAAAUAGUGACAGUAACACAUUCUGCUGUUUCCUGGUGUGAAGUGAUGAUAAAGACAAGGAACCAGGUCCACCUCUGAUCCGGGUCCAGGUCUAUGCUCUGAUCCUCUUUAGCUCAUCCGUGUUUUGAUUGCCGCGGGAAAACUAGCUUGGUGUUUAUGUCAGAAAUGGCUGAUGUAAACAAAGAUGGUGGCAUGGUGUCGUCAUGGUCGUCACGUGUCAUCAGGACAGUGUUGGUGGUUCUGCUACUCGAUCUCCUCGGCUUCACUCUCAUUCUUCCUCUUCUGCCGUCGAUUCUGGAUCAUUACGCAAACACCGGGGAUGUUGUGUAUCAGUCUCUGCAGAGUCUCGUCGACUGUUUCAGGGAAACACUUGGAAUUCCUCUGGAUAAGAAAUACAACAAUGUUCUGUUCGGAGGUCUUAUCGGGUCGUUGUUUUCACUGCUGCAGUUCCUGUCCUCACCUGUGACUGGCGCUCUGUCAGACCGUCAUGGUCGACGCCCCCUGCUCCUCCUGACCACUGUGGGGCUGAUGUCGUCAUACGUGGUGUGGGCGGUGUCUCACAGCUUCAGCUUGUUCCUUCUCUUCCGGGUCAUCGGUGGCGUUUGUAAAGGAAACGUCAGCCUCUGCAUGGCCACUGUGGCAGAUUUACCGUGUCCAAAAGCUCGAAACCGAGGAAUGGCCAUGGUGGGCGUGGCCUUCUCUCUGGGCUUCACCGUGGGGCCUUUGAUGGGAGCGUACUUUGCCCUCAACUCCAGAAUGACAGGAAAUGGGCUCCACAGCGCCCCCGCUCUGCUGGCCCUUGCCUUCAGCACAGCUGAUCUGCUCGUUAUCUGGAUCAUGAUGCCAGAGACACUCACGGAGGAAGUCAAGGCGUCGUCUUCCAGCCUCAAAGAUACAAACAGUCUCCUAAAUCCAGUUUGUUUGUUCAAAUUCUCUGCUCUGACCAACACUGAAGCUCCGCCUCCAAAACAGCAGAUGAAGAAGCUCCAGGUUCUUGGGCUGGUUUAUUUCUUCUACCUCUUUCUCUUCUCUGGUCUGGAGUUCACACUCAGUUUUCUGACGCAUCAGAGAUUUCACUUCACAAGCAUGCAGCAGGGGCAGAUGUUUUUCUUCAUUGGUGUUGUCAUGGCGAUGGUCCAGGGAGGAUUCGCUCGCAGAAUCAAACCUGGGAAACAGAUCAGCACUGUUCGAAUGGCCAUCAUCACUUUAAUUCCUGCCUUCAUCAUCAUCGGUUUAUCAUGGAACGUCACAGUGUUUUACAUCGGACUGACUUUUUACUCCUUUGCUGCUGCUGUCGUCGUUCCAUGUCUGUCCACACUUGUCUCUGACCAUGGCUCAGCUGCUCAGAAAGGCACAGUGAUGGGGAUCUUGAGAAGUUUAGGAGCUUUAGCUCGAGCGUUGGGACCAGUGAUCUCAUCGUCUGUUUACUGGCUGGCUGGACCUCAGACAUGUUUCCUCGUCACAGCCGCAUCCUUCAUUGUACCAAUCACUCUUCUGACAUCAGCAGCCAAGAUAAAGGAGCAGUGAUGAUGAUGUGACGUCAUGACACCUACAGAAGAUUAAGAGUAUUACAGUUUAUUUUAUACAUUUAUUUCUCACACCAGGGGGCGCUGAUACAAAU